AUGGACCGCUGUCAAUAUGAUUCUCAUGGAUACCGAAGCCUCUCAGGGAACUGGUGCCCUAUUGAUGCCUCCCUCUCAUUCCUGCCCAAAUACAAGAAGAUUGACUUGUUGGACUGCUGCAACGGCCUCCUGCUCUGUCGAUGUUCCAAGCCUUAUCCUGAGACACCGGAUUACGUGGUGUGCAAUCCUGCCACUGAGAAAUGGGUAAUUGUCCCAGCCAACAAAUGGUCCUCGGACUUGUAUGCUCGCUUGGGAUUCGACCCGGCCAUCUCCUCCCAUUUCCAUGUGAAGUUGGCACCUGCCGCAGCUUUGAAUGCGAAUGUGAAGUUUGAUUAUAACAUCAAAGAGGUGGGGAUCUACUCGUCCAAAGCUGGAGCUUGGACACAUCAAAUUGAUUGGAAUGAUCCAUUUGAGAUAUGCAACUUCUCAGCUGGCACAUUUCUCAGCGGGGUGUUGUAUUUAUGUUCUGAUAAUGAUUUGGUUGCAGCUGUUGACGUGGAGGGAAACUGUCGUUUCAUUCCUGCUCCUACUUUACAUGAUGCUUGUGGUCGUCAUGAUGUUUAUGUUUCACAAGGACAAUUGUAUGUCGCAUAUUAUGGUGCUGCUGAAGCAUCAAUCUGGGUCCUUGAAGAUUCUAGCAUUGAAGAUUAUUGGACCUUGAAGCACAAUAUUAGCUACCUGCAACUGUUCGGUUCAAGAUCUAGGGGACGUUACGGUGUUAUCUCAGUCCACCCAGAAGACGAUGUGAUAUUCAUAACCGUAGAAUCUAAAUCUACAUUAUCGGGGGACAGGCUACUGUUGAAAUUAUUUUCAUAUGAAAUUGAUUCUAAGGAGCUGAAAUUUAUAUGUGAUCUUGGAAGGAUUUCUAGGCGCCCUUAUCUUUCAUAUGUUCCUUUGUUCUCGGAGUCAAUGGCAGAUGAGCAUUAA